AGGGAAUACCCGAACGAUAUUGCCACCAUAUUUUAGCAAUAAUUAGAAUUAAAUGACGCUUAUAACUAAUAGGAAAAGCAUUUCUAUUUUAAUUUUCAGUCAUUAAAAUCAAUUGGGCUACCGAUGCAACUUUCUUCAACUAACCUGAUAAGAUAGCCAUAUGAGCUAAUAUACUGAGUGUUACGGUAUAUUCUAAAUUUCAGCAGUGCAGUCAAUCAAAGCUUGGUCUUGGAUCAUAUUAUUUAUUAUUGAAUAAUUAGUGACAUUUUCAUUAUUUAGUGUAGUGUGGAAUUUGAUUUUUAAUAAAGAAUCUACAAAAUUGGCGACUUUAGUGACUAAAGCCUAGGCUCAAAAAUGGGGAAACUUGUACUAGUUAAUGGAUUUGACAGUAAAAAUUAUGCCAAUACAACAGCUCUUAUUGAAUUUCUAACAAAUCACACUGAUGGCGAAAAAAUACUUCACUGUUGGAGAGACCCUUAUCAGGAGAAAAGAAUUGUAGCCAUUUUUGAAAAAGAUAUGGGUAGGUCUUAUGUUAUGACUAUGUUUGUAUGUAUACUCUAUAUUUAUACUAUAGGCCUACUAUCCUAUAUAAUAACACUGUGUUAGUUAAUAUUAUAUCGUAAUUAAUGUUAUCUAUGUCUAUGAACAUUCAAAUCUGUUUUGUUUUAAUUUUAAGUUAAUAACUAGGCUACUUAAAAUUAAAACUACUUAGAUUUAGACAGUGAGUAAGGCAAUGGCCAUGAUUCAUGAUUUUUUUAUUGUUACAAUACAAAAUACAUAAUUAGUCCCACAUACAUUACCAUGUUACUUUUUUCUUUGUAAUUGAAAUUGAAAUAAUGAUUUAAUGAAAUAGCCUAAUUAGUAAUUGUAAAGAUCUAGACAUAAUUAAUAAUAAAUUAAAAUGAGUUUUUACUAGGAAAAUGGUCAUAUUUUGAUAAAUAAAUGAGUAAAAUGACACUGAAAGUGAUAGGGUGUCUUUUGUGAGUAGAUAUCAAUAAUUUUCGAUAUAUAUCAAUUGACGUUUCCUUUUUUUCUCAUAGCUUUUUCUACAUAAAGUAGGUCAAUUUAAAAAAAAAAAAUCAAAAAUAAUUUUAAAGAUCAAAGUUAAAGCUAAUUCAUCAUGAAAUUUAUUACUUUUUAAUUUUACCUUUAUUACAGGGUUUAAAAAAAGUGAGAGGGUUGUAGGUUUAAAUAAAAUAUUAAGGUUUUGGAGGAAUGUGUCUAGAAUGGGGGGAGUGGGGGUAUGUGCUGUAUUUGGUCAGCCUAGAGCUGAAGAGACAAGUUAAAAGAGUGAAUAUUACAGUGAUCAUGUUCUCAGCUCAGGCUUGCUACUUGAUAUUCAAGCUAAAUGUGGUUGCCAUAACUGGAUUUUGCAACAGAACAGGGCACCAUCUCACAAAUAAGCCAGUAACACCAUUAAUUUUUUUUCAUCAUUAGAAUAUUACCUUCAAUGAACCAGUCAUAUUCUGACCCAACAGUCCUGAUUCAAACCUAGUAUAUGUUGAGCUCUGCUAAAGAAGUUUACAUUUUGUGAAAAUUUAUCACAGUUUAUCAGUUAAAGUUAGCCAAAUAGUAAAGAAAUGGAGAAAACAUUUGCAAAGUUUUAUCGACAGGAGCAUAAAUGAAUGAUACCAAGGGUUGUAAAAUGUUUAUGAAAACAAGGAAAAACACAUUGAUUAUUGACAUUUUUUUUUCAUCCGUCCAUCACAAUGUGACAAUGGUGCAGACUUGUAAGGCCUGCCUGGGAUUUUUCUUUAUGAGGAUAAGUUGGUUCCGUAGACAGUCAAUCAACUCUCUUCCAUGCAUCUAAAUAAUCUAAGGGAAUCUCAUGUGUGGAUGGCACAAGUAGCUUCUCAGGAGUUACUGCAAUUGUCAUUGUGUCAAUGACAUACAGCCUAUAGAAAUCCAUCUCUGUGUUUAAAUUCAGAGUUUUAUUUUUACUUCUCUUAGAUGAGUUGCCUUUAAAGUUUAAAGAAUCCCAUCUACCCAAGUAACUGGUGAUGUUUUUACUUGUCUAGGCUUUUUCUGAGGAUUUAACUCCAGUCCUCAAGCUUGAGAUUGACACAGUUUAGACUGCUUGGCCACCCAUCACCCAUUUUGGGAAUUAAAUAACAAUUAACAAAAUAAAUAAAUCAUAUAUUAUACAACUUUCACACUUUUUUGGCACACCUGGUACAUUCAGUCGCGGUGGAAGGGGGUUGAAGUGAUGGCAGUCUGACCAGGAGGCUUUUUUUUUACUUUAUAUUGAGGGGGAGGCAAUUUCAUCCAACAGCAGAGUUUUUUCAUUAAAGGUGGUGGCUAAAAUCUUGGCACACCCAAGGUAGCACUAACACUAGCUAUGCCACUGGGUACAUUUUAGUCUAGAUUUAGAUUUUUUCUAGAUAACUUAAUGUUUAACUUAAUGGUAGCAUAUAAUAGUAAAUACUUAACAGAUUUUUUUGGGUCUAUUUUAUUAUAAGGGGUCAUCAUUAAAGGACAUCAUAUCUUGGUAGAUAUUGACCCCUUCCCCCAACCAUGUGCCCAUCAUCACAUAUUUGUAGCAUAAUUUAGACACCCUCAUAAUUCAUCAUCAAAAAUUUAUCAAUUCCUGAUAUCCCCCCCCCCCCUCUAGAUGUGUGACCUCAUUUAAGGAUGACCCAUAGAUAUUUUUUUUGGUCUAUUUUAUUAUAAGGGGUCAUCAUUAAAGGACAUAAUAUCUUGGGAGAUAUUGACCCCUUCCCCCAACCCUGUGCCCAUCAUCACAUAUUUGUAGCAUAAUUUAGACACCCUCAUAAUUCAUCAUCAAAAAUUUAUCAAUUCAUGAUAUCCCCCCCCCCCCCUCUAGAUGUGUGACCUCAUUUAAGGAUGACCCAUAGAUAUUUAAUUCAAGUAGUAAGGUGAAAUAAUUAUUUUAAAAGCACACAUUUUAAACAAUUUAAUAAAAUAAUUUUGUAUUAUUUUUAUGCCUCUUAAUUAAGAACCCAAGAAAAUACAACAACUGCAACGUGAUGGUUUGCACAACCAGAUAGCUGUAGAUAUGGUAGCACCAACAGAUAGGAUCUUUGUUAGGACCAUUGGUGAAACCUGGAUGCAUGGUCAUCUUGAUAAACUUAAUAUGAUUUUUGCAAAGUCAAUGGAGAAAAACCAAAAAAUAACAAAUCUCCCAGGUAGCUGUUUUGAGAUUAUCUUUAAGGAUGGAUGGGGUAAGCACUUUUAAAUAUUUGUUAAAUAGUGGUAUUGAAUCAAGUUUAAUGUGUGUUUUUUUUUAUUUCUUGUGUUUGUAUUUCUUAGAUAAGAGCAUUAUAACUAUCUAAUUUACUAGCAUUCUCACUUAUAAAGAAAAUGUUAUUAAGACACAAUAAUUUAGCAUAUAUUUCUCAAAUAGAAUAGCUCAAUCCAACCUUGAAAUCCAACAAAAAAAGUUCACGACUGCAGCUAAACAAAUUGGCUUUAAUGUUUCUAAUCAUAUAAGAGUGCCACAAUAACUUUGAAAUGUCUCAAACUAUCGUUGUUCAUUUUCUAAACAUAUUUGCUAUGUGUCUUGUAAGCAUGAGUACAUUUUUGAUUUUUUUAAAAAUAGAUUCUUUUAUUGAUAAAAAAAAAAUGUUUUUUGAUUGCACUGUACAUAUACAUUUGAAGCACAUAAAUAAAUACAUAUGUAAUAAAGUCCACAUUUUCCAAUGAAAACAAUUUAAACACAAGAUAUCUACAUUAAAUGUAGAUUAAAUUACAUUAUGGGUGAACAAUUGAAACAAAUAAACCACAAGUGGUUGCUGAAAAUUAAGUGAAAUAAUAGAAAAAUGGAUGGCUUUCUCACUAUCUUAAAAGACGUAUCAAAAAUAAAGCAACAAAGUAUUAUGAAAAUUAUGGGUUUCUAUUUAUUGCUGCCUGGUUUUAAGGUCACUCAAUUUUAUUUUCUUCUUGGGGAUUUAUUCUAAUAUUUCUCUUCUACUUAGUUAAUCUUUUGAAAGCUUUUUUCAACUUUUAUUUUGGCAUAUUUUUCCAAUACAUGUUCAGUAUUUUUAAUUCUAGAUUCAGUCUUAAAUGUUUGUCAAGAAUCAAGGAGAUUUGAAAGACACCCGAUAAUGAUCUAUCCAUAUUUUGACUGCUUCAAAGAGUCACCACAAGAACAAUACCACGAAAUACUUUGCAGAUUAAAAAAGUCAAUGUCUACAGAAACGAAUUAUCAAGUAGCCAUGAAGAACAAUAUCUUCACAUCUGCCUUGCACAUUGUGCCAUUGCUACUAGAUUGCCUAGAAUUCAAAGAAGCCGUAGAACUAUCUGAAAAAGGCUUAAAGGUCCAUAUAGAUGUUGAAGAGGCAAAAAUAACAAUUCAAGGCCCUGAAGAUCGUUGUAGGAAUAUUAAUAAAGUACUUUCAGAUGUGAAUAAAAAGGUACGCCUCAGUUGAAACUAUACACAGCUUUUGAAUCAAACAAGAGUUUUUAAUAUAUAUGAUUUUAAACAAUCCAAUAAUAGGUUCAUUACAAACAGAGUUAACUCAUGUAAUUAAUAGUAAUAACCAUUCUUUGGUUUUUUAACUUGUCUUUUUAUCAUUUAAACAACUAAAUAAAUGUUAUGAUUUAAGUUUCUACAACAAAAAUCUGAUGAUUAAGGAGACUGUUCAAUUCUCUAACUACUGAAUUGAUUUUAAAUGGAGAACAACUUUCUAAUUCCACAGUUUUACAGAUGAUUGUAGCUUAAAUUUGACUAUAGUUAUUAAAGGAGUACAAAUAGCCUUUAAAAUACAAUGCUCAGCCCUACACAAAUAAAAGUGCCCCCUCCCACCCCAUCCCAUUUGGUAUAACCUCGUAUAUUCUUAUUGUUUAAGUGUUUUUCUGAAUAAAAUCAUACAAUAAUCUGUUGAUGUAAAUUUUUUUUAUUUUUUAGAAAAAAUAUUCUUCAUGUUGCAUCCUUCAAAGAAAACCUUACAUUUCAUAUUAAGACUCAUUUAAAAUGUCUUUUUUUUUUUUUGCAGCUUAAACUUUCAGAUAAUACAAAAGAUUUUUUAGAAAAUGAAGCUAUCCAACAAGAAAUUUUGACAUUCAUAAAAUCAUCAGGACUUAAAAUUUUUCUUGAAAAAAAUGGUGACAAAUUCAGCUUACAUGUUGUUGGAAAUAAGAAAAAGGUAACUUAUGUUAUAUUAAUUAAGCUACACAGAAUUUAUUUUCUUGUAUACAAAGAAAUAUUUGUGAUUGCUUUUUGUAUAAGAUAUUAGUAUUUCCACAAUUCAAAUACAAUUUAUGCAUAUGGUGGAAUUACUUUGGUUAACAAAUGUUUAUCUACUAAUGAUUUUAUAUUUUCAGGAAUUAUUCCAAACUUUUGUUUCAUCAUUGGUUGUAGUCAAAAAGUGCCACCUACUUCCUGAUGAAAACUUCCAGGGUAUGCCUGCAUGGAAUGAGUUUAUUGGUGCCAUUCAUUCAACGCAUGUGUGUCACCAAGUUUUCACCGAAGGGACAACCAUAGAGCUUUUGGCAUUGAGCUUCUGCAAUGUUUCUGAAACCAAAUCCAUUGAAAGUAGCAUAAAAGAAUUUAUUUCCAAAGUGAGUGACCUCAAAACACUACCAAAAAUGAAUGAAACUUCAUCGACUCAAGAGAACAAACCUGUAACACAAUUAUGCCAGGCUCCUGGAUGUCCAAUGUCAUCCGAGAGCUUUUUAAUGCCCAUCAAUUUUAAUAAAAAGCAAUACUGCAAGCAAUUUUUACAGGAUGAAUUUUCAAAAAUGCAAAAACAAAAUGCAGAAACACAGAUCAACAUAAGAUCAAAUGAUAUCCAAAUUAUCUGCAACAGCUACCAAGUUUUGGAGGAUGUUUCAAGGCAACUAGAGUCACUCGUCCAAAGAAUUACAUUUGUUGAUAAAGAACUUGAAUUUCCGGGACUUAAUUUAUUUUUUCAAUCCGAGGAUGGUAAAAAGUUAAUUUUGGAAAUAUCACAAAAAUACAAAUGCUUCAUUGACUAUCCAUUCCUCAAAGGAGAGAUUGACAAUUCACAGUUGCAAGUAGAGCGAAAGAUUGAAAGAUUCAAUUACAAAGUCUGUGUGCUGGGAACAGGUAGACAAAAUAAUUGUAAUAUUCACCUUGUGCAAGGUAACAUUGAGGACAUGAAACUUCACCAAAGUUUUGGCACUAAAGUGCAAUUUAUCCCAUCUAUUGAAGGUAAUUUAAUGGGUUUUUUCCCUCUCUCUUUACUUUUAACUUUGAUUAAGUAUGUAAAAUUUACAUUUUAAAAAUAGUAAAUACGGUACUAAAAAUCAAAUAAGUCACAAAAAAUAUUGUUCUUAGAAUAUUAAAAAAUUUCAAUCUGCCGUUAUCAAAAGCAAAACAACUAGAUCUAUGCAAGUACUGAACUUUAUACUAAUCAAGUUAAAGAAACUAUUUAUCAUACCACUCACACAACAAAUGAAUUCACACAAAGAAAUAUGUUUCCAACCCAUGGUGUGAAAAUACAUAUUAUCUUGGUUAAAGAACUUUCUUUCUUAAGCUUGGCUUUUUUUUUUUCGUAAUGCUGAUUAAAAUCAAUUAAUAAAGGAUCAAAGAAUGAGUAGUACUAAACAAAGUUUUCCAUUCAAGAAUUCAUGAUAAAGAUAAUGAAUCUUUUUUUUAUAAAUUAAAACUAUAAAGACCAAUCUGUAUUAUUAAUCCUUUCUGGUUUGUAUUUAGUGAUUUGAAGACAGCCUCGCAUGCCAAAGUGCAUGUUAAAUAAUUAUUUUGCCUAUUCCAUUAUUGCAUAUUUAAAGGUUAGGCUUUUUUAACUAUAAUAGAAACAUCUCAUUUAUAUUGUAUAUAUAUAAUAUUGUAACUGCUAAUUCACUUAAAAGUCUUUAUCUGUAAAUUUAUUUCAGCCCAAGAAUGCAGUUUAAAAAUAAUGGAAACUGGCGGAGAUAUAAGGAUUCAUCUCCCACCCUGGAAGUCAUCAGAUAUGGCUUCUUUCACACAUUUUAGAAAAUUAAGACAGACAUUUUUGUCAUCAAUUGAUGAUUUAUUUCAGCAAAUUAAAAAUAAAGAAGGCUGUACUGUUGUAAUUUCAACAUCAAGAUUGCAUCAAGCAGAGUUUCCAUUUCCAUUAGAUGUGAUAGCAAACGGUGUCACUCAAAGUUUUAAACAAUUUGCUCAUUUAAAUACCAAUCCUAAAACUGUGGAUCUUUAUAUUUGUGAAACAAAACAUGAAUCUGUUUUUAAAGCUUUUACAUUUGCACUGAAGAAUCAAGGAAUCUUUGUCGGAGCACCUGGCCAAACAAGUUGGGAAAAGAUUAGCUUUCCAGGUAGGUUACCUAAAAAAGCAAAGUAUACUUAACAUAGGUAGAAUAAUACACUGUAUACAUUUGUACAAUGUUUUAUAAUUAAACAAAAUGGCUUACCAAUAAUUAUUAAAUGAUCAAUAAAAUUCAUUAAAAAUUCUUAAGAAGUAGAGAUAUGUUAAUAUGUCCUAUUUACGAUAAAAUGUAUCAUAUUUAUAAAAGUUUUAUUUGUCAUUUGAAACAAAGCUGACAUUAAAAAUCAUUAAUGUGUAUCCAAUGUAUAUUUUAAAAACUAAUUUUUUUUAAAAUAGCUAGCUGCAAGUCAUGGUAGUCAGGAGCAAUGUUCCCUCUAAGGUUUGCUGGUUCGUGUGCAAAAUCAUACAGUUGUGUGCAAAGUUUUACAGCAUCAAAUUUUUGUGUGCAAAGUUUUACAGCCCACAAGCACACACUUACAUGGAAAUUUGCUGUGCGGAUACUCAAAACUGCUGUGGGAUAGCUGUGCAGCCGCGCAGCUUAAAGGGAACAUUGGUCAGGAGUGCAUACUCUCAUUGAUUCUCUUCUCGCUAGCUAUUGAUUAGCUCAUGCCACAAACCAUCAUCUUAGGGACAAGGAAUACUAUGGACACUGACUUGUGUGCUUAGGACCUGACUAUCCCUGUGACAUGGAAUUACUAUCUGGCAAAUACCAAGAUGCCCAUGAAAAAAUAAAGAGACUAGCUAAAAUCCCCAGCUUCAUAAGCCUUAAAUGUCAACCUCAAAAAAAGCACACGUCGUAAGGAAAAAUGCCAGUGGAGAGGAUGCAAUAGGUGUCAAGAACAGCCCAUUGACAGACUUUUAGAACGGCCCACAGACAGACUUUUAGAACGGCCCACUGACAGACUUUUAGAACGGCCCACGGACAGACUUUUAGAACGGCCCUCUCACAGACUUUUAGAACGGCCCACUCACAGAUGUUUAGAAUGGCCCAUUGACAGACUUUUAGAACGGCCCACUGACAGACUUUAAGAAUGGCCCACUGACAGACUUUUAGAACGGCCCACUGACAGACUUUUAGCACGGCUGACUGACAGACUUUUAGAACGGCCCACUGACAGACUUUUAGAACGGCCCACUCACAGACUUUUAGAAUGGCCCACUCACAGACGUUUAGAACGGCCCAUUGACAGACUUUUAGAACGGCCCACUGACAGACUUUAAGAAUGGCCCACUGACAGACUUUUAGCACGGCUGACUGACAGACUUUUAGCAUGGCCCACUGAAAGACUUUUGGCAAGGUCACAGAUGGUGAAUGUGACAGAGAAAUCAAUGUGAGGGUCGGCAAAGGAAAUGAGCAUUGUUGACUUCAUUUUUGAAGAAUUACAAAUCUGAGCAUCCACACUGAUAUCAACAUUUUUUAAAGUAAAUUAUUGCAUUGGAGCAGGAAGUAAAGAGAAGAAAUAAGAUGGAUCAAAUAUAACUUGAGAGUCCCUGUCAUGGAAUCCACAGGAUGCUUGACAGAAAGGAAGACCAUGGAAUAUUGUGAGACGUUGAUAGAGAGAAUGAUAGAAAUGGUGUCUUAGUGGAAUGAGGAAGAAAGAACAGCUCAGAACAUCUUUAUCCUUGUGUAACAAGUUUAAGGUGUAAAAUGUAGAAGUCCAUCAAUUAUAUUUCAUCUGCUCUAGUCAGAAUUAUUAGUUUCAUGCUUUCCCCCCCCCCCCUAUGCUCUCUCAAAAAUAGCUUAUCAAUGCGAACAUCUUCAUUAUCAAUUAUAUAUAUUCAGACAUUUUAAACUUGAUAAGUGUAUCAUUUGUAGGUUAACUGGAUAAAAAUAUUAUAAUAAACCUCUUGUUAACAACUUUACAUAGUUGGAUAACUCCAUAACAAAAAUUGAAAUUAUUCUCUUUUAAAUAAUUUCUUUUUCCAGACACAUUUAACUGUUUUCAGUAUGCAGCAUUAAAGUGCAAAGUGGAAGUUGCAUCUAUCAGCCCAGAAACUCCAGUAUGUCAACUUAUUCUCUGCUACUACUUUUUAAUUAUAUCAAUCUAUAUUAAUCAUGGUAUUGGUUUAUGACAAAUUUAUUUUGAAGUAAGCAUUUAAUUACACAUUAAAUUAAAAUAAGUUCACUUUUAUUAAAUAUUUUAUUGGCAUGAUGAAACCAUGGUUAAAAUUAAUAUAUAUUGAUACUUUUAGAGACUAUUUAAUGUAAUUUUAUGAUAAUUUUAUUUGUAUUUGUAGACAAUGAAAAGUCUUUACUGCUACCCUAUACAUCCAAGUCUGGAAGCUUCUUCCUGUCAAUUCUAUUAUGAGUCAAAGCGCUCUAAAUACCUGUUGGAAGAUUCACUAAGAAAAUUGCCAAGUCGUUUCCCAGAAGGUCUGUUGAUGGGAGAGACUUGCUUCAUAGAGAGGAUUUCAAAUAACAAACAUGGUCUUAUCUUUUGUUUUCCUGAAUGGGGCACAGACAUACACAAGGUAAAUUGAUUAACCCUAGUUAAGUUGAUACAGUAGCUAAGUUGAUACACCGUAACUAAGUUGAUAAAGUAGCUAAGUUGAUAUGGCAGCUAAAUUGAUACAGCAGCUAAGUUGACACGACAGCUAAAUAGAACAGUAGCUUAAUUGAGACCCGGCACUGUUAAAUAGGUAAAUAAGAUAUUUUUUCUGUCUACUGUGUCAAAAUAUUAUUCUCAAAUUAGAAAUCCCAAAAUAUCUACUGACUCCAACUUUGCUUACCAUCUGCUUUAACUAGGUCAGAUAGGCCAUUACAAGUGCUAACUAGGUCAGAUCGGUGGAUUAAAAGAGCUUGCUUUCAUGUCCAUUUGAAAAAUUCCUCUUGAUGUUUAAGUUCUGUGUAUUAAAAAUGGAUGAUUAAAACAACAGACAAAAAUGAUUGCCUGUCAAUAUUUAUUUCAUCUUAUAAGUUUUUUUGUUGUUGUUUUUUUAUCAGUAAACUUCUUAAAGCAUUCUUUAUUUAAGUUUUUUUGCACUCAUAAAAUAAAAUAGCCUAUAUUAAAUUAAGUAUUUUUCAACAUAUUUAUAUCAAUUUUAAUUAAUCCUACUAAGAUUCUUCUCUGCUUUUGUUCUCCACUCCCACAAAUAACAAACGUCCACCUCAAAGGAAUGGCCACUCCCACUUGUGGAACCAGAGUUUAAGACUUAUUUGUUAUUAAAGAAUUGGUGUAUUACAAUUACUUAAUGAAUACAGUUUCUCCAUUUUGGAGCUUGAAAUGUGAAAAUAAAAUGUACAAUAGUUUACAGAUGACUCAGUUAAGUGUUUAUUUUUAGUUUUAGUUUUUUUUCCUCCAAAUAUUUGUCAACUAUCUCAAUAACUCAAACUGUUUGACAUUCUAGAAUUGAAUAUUCAGUUGAAAUGAAUGUUUAAUUUUGUAGUAUUUGUUAACUAUCCCAAUAACUGUUUGGCAUUCUAAAUUCUGUGGUUGAAUAUUCAAUUAAAGUGAAUAUUUGAUGUUUUAAAUAUUUUUGUUUAGGCACUUCAAGAUUCACUGAGUAAAUGCCUCCUUGAUUCAUCAGAGUAUGAUGCUGUCUACAUAACUGUUCCAGAAUCUCAGCAUCCAAAGUUUCCUAAGCAAUAUUUUGUUCAGACAUUUUUCCAGACUAUGGAUGAAAUAGUUAGCAAAUUGAAAGUCUUCAGGCAGAAAAAAAUAGUUUUGGUUGUGCAUGAUGAAGAAUAUAGAGAGGUCAGUUUUAUUUUUCAGUUGCAUCUUACAGUUUAAUUUCUUAUUCAUGUUCCAAACUUUUUUUGCCUCCAUUUGAACUGUUUGUUUUUUGUUGGGGUCUGUGCUGCAUUCAAACUCAUGCUUUUCACAUUAAGAAAUACAUUUUUAAAUACUAGUUUUCUAGAUUGAUUAAGUUAAGAAUACUUAGAGGUUUUGAAUAUGUUCUGGUUAUGAAAGUAUUCAAACAAAUUUGAAGUAAUAAAAUAAGUACUGAAAUAUUCAUUUUCCAAUCAUGGUUAGUUGAGAAUUUGAAAAGCUGAAAUUAUUUCUUAAAAUAGUUUACUCUAUUUAUUCUGUUUUUGAUGAACCAGAGCAAAUAGCAUUAUUAAAGUUAGAGCAAAUAGCAUGAGUAAAAUUAGAAAAAAUAGCAUCAUUUAAGUUGAAACAAAUAGCAUUAGUAAAAUUAGAUGGGUCAUGAACAAAUAGCAGUAAAAUUAGAUGGAUCAUUAAUUUCAGUCAAAAAAGCGCUACUUAUGCCUUAUGUACCCACUAGACAACUCAGCUCAUCUGAUAGUGGCAAACUCUCAAUACCACGUGUUCGCCUUGAGACUUAUGAGGGGUGCACUUUCGCAUUUGUUGGCCCAGACACAGCCAGACACUGGAGUCUUUCAAAAACUGAUUUGAAGACUUAUCUUUUUCGCAAACACCUGCUGGGGUGAUGUUGUCUAUCUAGUUAUCUUUUAGAUGUAUUUUGGCCUGUGUUGUUUAUGGUUGCAAGGUAUGAAAGACUUAGAAUGGGUAUUCUUGUAUGUAGUUUUGUGAUGUUGAAUUUUUUACUUCAGUGUGGUAUGUACUGCGCUUCGAGCCUUUGGGGAUGAAGCGUGAUUUUCAAAUAAUCUUUAUUAUUAUUAUUAUUACUUCGCGGGCUGCAAAAUGGGUGCUGGCAGGCCACAUGCGGUCCGCUGGCCGUAUGUUGUGCAGGCCUGCAUUAUUUGAUCUGCAUUAUUUGAUAAUGUAAAUAUUAAUAUGUGUUUAAAGUUAAAGAUGUGUUGGUUAAUUUGAAAAAUUAUAAACUUGAUUUUAAAAAUAAGCAAAAGAAAGCAACAAAAAAGAACCCUACAUGAAAUUUAGUUGACAGAAAUAGAGGGAGUUUGGCAACAUUGUCUAAUGUAGCAAUGACUAGUGUAGCAGUGCUGUCUACUGUGUCAGGGGUGUCUACUGUAACCCUUUCUUUACCUGCAAGCAUCUGACUGGAUCAUGAAAGACAUAACUAUAAAUUCAAAGUCUGAACUUCAUUUGACAAUUUUGUAUGUAACCAUGUGUUCUUAUGCCAGUCAUAUUCAAAUGAUGAAUGAAAGUACAAGGCAAGAAUGACAAGCAUUAAAAGGAAUACCUCUGUAGUCACUAAUGUAAACAAAAAUUAUUAUUAUUUUUUUUAUUUUAUUUUCAGGCUUUUCAUAAAGAAUUAGAGAGAAGAUACAAAACAGAUACUAAAAAUGUGGAUAAGUUACAUAAAUUAAGUAAGUCGUAAGUCAUUCACUUUUAAUCUAUUUAAAAAAUUCAGUUAUCAUAAGAUAUAAACAUAAUUCUGAAGACACUCUUUAUUUCUGCUCUCAUCUCACUAAUCUCAGUAUUUCAGAUGCAGAUAAUAAUUAGGAAACUGAUAUUGUCACUUGUCACAAUAACAUCACAGUCCCAUACAUUGUACAAUUAUUAUUCGUAAAUUUACAAAGAUUUUUUUGUCUUGGCAAGGCUAGCCUUUCAUUAAAUUACAAAAGCCAAUGUUAUGUUAGACAAGGUAGGAUGAAAAGUGACACAUCAAGAAGCUGUUAUUAUUUUCUUGGACAAGAUUUGCCCUCCUCUAAUAUUAGAGUGUGAUGUAAUCACCACAGCUGGAUUUUGUAGCAGGAUGGCACUCCAUGACACACAGAAAAAAUAUCAUAACAUCUCUGUGCAAUUGAUGGAGCUCCAUUACACAGCACAAGAAAUAUCACAAUUUCUCAGCAAUGAGACUGUUAUUUCUAUAGACGUAUGACAUAUAAUCACCAAUGAGUGUAGUCUUUGCUAGUGGUUUAUGUAUUACUGGGUGCCUUACAACAAAAUAUCUACAUUGACCAAUCAAAGUUGCACACUAAAUAACCAAUCAUGAGGACUAUAUUAUUCAAUGCAACUUGUUAAAUGUCUUUGUGUUUAAAUAAUGCAGGCAGUACCGCACAGGAAGCCUCAAUGACAGAUCCUCAGAUGCUGACAAGUGCUGUGUUGGCUUCACCUAUUACAUAUUGGGGGAAAUCUAAGGAUGACCUAAUACAAGCUCACGAUAGUCUUACUAGAGAGCUCAGUAGGCUGAUGUCUGAGUUUACCACCAGUCGAAGGCUGACUAAAAAAGGAACGUUAAUGUUUGAGGUAAACAUUUAGUGUGAGGUUUCUUUGAGCUUUACACAGAAAGAAUUUAUUUAUUAAACAAAAGUUAAAGCAGUAAGGUUGUUUCUUUCAUCACCUGAGGCGAUUUUUUAAUAAAUCAAUUCAACAAAAUAUUAAAAUAUAAAAGCAUUUAAGUUUCCUUUGAUUUUAGAAGAGAAAUGUGGAAAAAAUGAAUUUUUAAAAUAUUUUUUUCAAUUAAUGAAAUUUUAUUUAGUCAAUUGUAGCUUAAAAGGUAAGAUGACAGCUAGAACUGCAUACACAACCAACUAUUUAAUCUCAUGCUCAACCAGCUUCUGUUUUCUCACUUAGGUGGUAUCCAGUUUUUUGCUUAGUGUUAUAUGGCUAACCCAUUUCAUCAGGUUUUUUACCUAGAGCUGGGGCAAGACCUUGAUGAAAAAUUGACAUAUUGUUCCUGAUUGACAGGCAGAUAACAGAUAACACUGUUGAAAACAGGAUUGACAAUAAAAGUUCAUGACUUGAAACAUUUUUAUAACCAUAGAUUAUUAAAAUAUUGAUUUUAAAAAUUUAAAGUCUUAUCCACAUUUAUUGGUUGUUUGUCUGAUUCCAUUUUACUUGAUAUGUUGGUUGGCGUCUCACUGAGUCAGUUUAAUUUGAUAUAUUCAGGCCUACCAACUUAUCUAAAAUCAUCAAAUCAGGAGCUGCAAAACUUUGUUUAGUUGUCUUUCUAAACUAGCUAGAUUUGUAAAAAUAGUCCCUCUACAUUGUCACAUGAAACCAUUGCUCACAUUAAAUAAUUUUUUUAAAGUAAAAUUUCACCCACUCAGGUUUUUCAGAAUUAGUUUCUGUCAAGAGCAGUCUAACAAGUCAUUAAAAACACAAUGGAAUAAAAUGAAUUUGACCAAAAUCAUUCAAGUGAAAUUUGUUAAAUAUCUUCCAAACUGCAUUUCAAAUGCUAUAGUACUAAUUACUUUAUCCUGUUCUUUUCAUUUUCAGAAAAGUAUUUCAAACAUGCAAGAGUUACCUGUUGUAUUUAAGCUUCAGAAGCAAACAAAUGAACAGCGACAAAUAACUGAAAAAGGAAUGUGUAGAAACAAAACUGAUUCCUGCCUAGAUGAUAGGACCGACCCUGUUUCAUUGGAAUCUUCCCUUACAGUUAAGGGAUUAAGUGAAAACAUAGUCAAUGACUUUAUGUUAAAUUUCACUGGCUGCUAUGUCAAUGAGGAUCUGUUAAGAACUGAUUCAGGUCAAAAGCCCCCUGAAGAUCAAAAGAGAAAUGCUGAAACUCUUCAUUCAAAAUCAAAAAAUUUUAGAUCUAAAAAGAGAGCAACAUAGAAUAUUCUUCAACUCAUAUAUCAAGGUUCAAGACAGAACUAGACCUGGCAGAAAGAGGCUUUGUUGUAACGUUGAGGACACAGCAGUUCAGCCACAAGACUCUGUUCUAGUAGAUGACCAAGUGAUGAUCUUCAGUGAUGCUCAGGAUAUCCCUCCUAUUUAAUAUGUUUCAAAUUUUGACAGAAGAAAUAAAAUGGUUACAUUGAAUGCAACAUUGGGUGCUUAUUUAAUAUAGGUCAUGCUGAAAUUACAUUUAUCCAAUAAAAAAUUUGACAAAUUAUUUGAUAUUUCCAAAAUGACUUGGGACUGAAAAUAAAAAUCAUAAAGAUGACUACAUCUUUUUCACAAAGUCUAUAAUGGUUUAAGUAUAACUACAUAACAAGUAAUUUUAAAAAUGUAACCUUGUAGAAUUAUGUGCAUUGGCCUACGUUUAUAUAAAUAUAUACUUAUAUGCCCU